AUUGGUCUGCCUGGGAAGCCAUUUCCAUAAAGAGGAUCUGGGCAAUUUGCUGAGGCAUCGCAACCCACCAUAUAUACCGUAUUUCAUUUUUCACUGUGUGGCUUUGGCAGUGUUUCUUUUCUUCCACAAGUGUGUGGUGGUCCUCCUCUUCUUCUUUUCCUCGUCUCGAUAGGUUGUGACGCGCAAAAAACGCCAAGAUGUCUGAGAAAAAGAUGACUUCGAGCCGCAGGCAUCACCUGAAGAGUCUGAUCCUGUCGAUCGCUGCAGGCUGGCUGGAGCAGGAGAAGAAGGACCUUGUCGUGGCCAAGGCGGCCUACAUGUCCGAGCACUGUCCCGCCCCGUCCAUGAGCGGAGACCAGGCCGCCCUCAUGGAUAUCUGCAAGAAGCUCAACGCCCAGAUCGACAAGAUUGAUGAGGAGAGGUACGACGCCGAGGCCAAAGUGCUGAAGUCCGACAAAGAGAUUGAAGACCUGAAGAUCAAAGUGGUGGAUCUGGCCGGAGUGAAGAAACCCGCCCUGAAGAAAGUGCGUAUGUCCGCUGACACCAUGCUGAAGGCUCUGCUGGGCUCCAAACACACGGUCAACAUGGACCUCAGGGCCAACCUGAAGCAGGUCAAGAAGGAGGUCAAAGAGGAGCCGCUUGAAGCUGCGGGCGACUGGCGUAAGAACGUGGAAGGAAAGGCUGACAGGAAGAAGAUGUUCGAGACUUCCUAAACGUAUCGCUGCUGUCUUUUUUGUUUGUUUAUAUGAACUCCACGUGUCUUAUA